GUGGCCGGUGCGUUGAUGAGAACACUUCAGAUAGACAGUACCUGUGCGCGGUGCUGGUUGUGGCUUAAUGCGUGCUAUUGUGUAGAAAACUUUGAAAAGACGGUGUGCGCACGCGACUCAAAAUACUGGAAGAAAGAAAUAGUAUUUUUUUUCUUUCCUGUGCAUAUACAACCCUGAAUGUUUACCAAGUGGUGCAUUUGAUUUUUGAAACAUUUAUUUUUUUUCAUCAUCUUCGUUUUGCUGCCGUUUUGCUCCAUUAAACAAGCGUUUACAAUUCAAGAUGACUUCUCAACUACGUUACAUCUGUGCCGCUCUGGCCUUUAUGGCCAUUGCCUCUUUAGUGCUCGCCUUUACCGACAACGAGCCCAUCGGUCUUGAGGGCAACAGGCCGAAAGUCCAACUCGUUUCGAGCAUGUACAAUCAUUUUCGUUUGCCGAGAUCAAUCAGGCCACAAAAGUACACGCUUCACGUGAUUACACAUCUCGAGAAUCCGGAAAAUCUAACAUUUGUCGGUGAAGUGGCAAUGCAUUUGAUCGCUUUGGAGGAUACCAGCAACAUUACGCUGCACGCCCUUAAUCUCACCAUAAACAGUCGUGAGAUAAUCUUGCGAAACCUACGUGCCAAGGAGAGUGAGCAGAAGAAUUGUGUGCGCUCCACGGAGAUAAACACCUACCACGGCUACUACAUUAUGCAUUUGUGUGAGCCAUUGCGCCAGGGUGAGGAGUACAUACUCACCAUACCCUUCUCGAGUAUUUUGAAUUUAAAUUUGCGUGGAUACUAUCGCAGCUCGUAUGUGGAUCGUGCGAGCAAUCAGACAAAAUGGCUUGCCGUGACACAGUUCGAGCCGGCGUCUGCUCGUUAUGCAUUCCCUUGUUUUGAUGAGCCCGAUUUUAAGGCCAAAUUCGUUGUUAUACUCGGACAUCACAAUAAGUACACAGCAUUGAGUAAUAUGCCACUAAAGGAAACGCGUCCCAUGGCUGACAAAAAGGAUUGGGUGUGGAGCGAGUUCGAAGAGUCGGUGCCUAUGUCCACUUAUUUGGUUGCAUAUACCGUUAACGACUUCGCCUAUGUCACUUCUGAAACAAGUCUGAAGAACAAAGUUCAAUUUCGUACGUGGGCACGUCCGGAUGCUAUAGAGCAGUGCAAGUAUGCAGCCGAUGUAGGUCCGAAAGUGUUGCAAUAUUACGAGGAUAUUUUCAACAUUAAAUUUCCGUUGGAUAAAAUUGAUGAGAUCGCCAUACCCGACUUUAGCGCUGGCGCUAUGGAGAAUUGGGGUCUCGUAACAUAUCGCGAAACCGCUUUACUCUAUGCCGAAAAUGUUUCUUCACUGGAGAAUAAACAGCGCGUCGCUUCGGUUAUUGCGCAUGAACUGGCACAUCAGUGGUUUGGCAAUUUAGUCACAAUGAAAUGGUGGCAGGAUCUAUGGUUGAAUGAGGGCUUCGCCACUUACGUGGCCAGCUUGGGUGUCGAACAUAUUAACCCGGAGUGGCGUGAGUUGGAAAAAGAGUCGGUUGGUAAUACUUUGGCCAUUUUCAAAUUGGACGCACUCAAAAGCAGCCAUCCGAUUUCGCAAGAGAUUACACAUACCAACAAAAUUGAAGAGAUCUUUGACUCUAUCUCGUACAAGAAGGGUUCUACCGUUCUACGUAUGAUGCAUCACUUCCUCGGCGAUGAAGCAUUCCGUGCUGGUCUACAUUACUAUCUCAAAAAACACGCUUACGCCAAUGCUGAACAGGAUGACCUCUGGAUGUCACUUACCGAGGCUGCACACAAAUACCGCACACUUCCUAAGACAUUCGACAUCAAAACCAUCAUGGACUCAUGGACCUUGCAGACUGGUUAUCCGAUCAUUACAGUGACACGCGAUUACGAUCGCAAACUCGCUAAGGUCACACAAAUUCGUUAUUUACUUGAUACCAUCGCCUCACGUGAUGCCGAACGCAGCUGCUGGUGGGUGCCAUUGAGUUAUACAACACAGACCGAGAUUGACUUUGCCGCUACUACACCGAAAAAUUGGCUACAAUGUAGUGGCAUGAAUGAACCAGUCACACAGACUCUUAAGGAUAUGCCCGAUCAGAAUGAAUGGAUCAUCUUCAAUGUACAAAUGUCGGGUCUGUAUAAAGUGAAGUACGACGAGCGCAAUUGGAAUAUGUUGAUUGAGACACUGACCAGUGAUGAUUACCGGAAGGUACAUGUAAUCAAUCGUGCUCACCUGAUCGAUGAUGCUUUGACUCUGGCUUGGACCGGCGAUCAGGACUACGAUAUAGCAAUGCGUUUGAUCGAGUAUUUGGUACGCGAACGAGAGUACAUACCGUGGAAGGCUGCUUUGGAUAAUUUGCGCGACGUCAACAGAAUCCUGCGCCAGACUCCAGAGUAUGAGUACUUUAAGAAAUACAUGCGAAAAAUACUCACUCCCAUUUACAUCUACCUCGGUGGUUUGAAUGUGACUGAUGAAGUCAAGACCGCACCGCACACUAUACUCCACAAGGAACUCAUCGCCAAUUGGGCAUGUCGCUUCGAAGUCGAUGAUUGCAUACCAAGCGCACAAGAAUAUUUCAAGCAAUGGCGUGCCGUACCCAAUCCCGACGAAUUCAAUCCGGUACCAACAGAUUUACGUUCGGUCAUCUAUUGUACAUCUAUUCGUCAUGGAAAUGAGGAUGAUUGGCAAUUCCUGUGGGCUCGUUAUAAGAAUUCGAAUGUGGCCGCUGAGAAGCGUACAAUAAUUUCCGCAUUGGGUUGCUCACGUGAAGUUUGGAUUCUACAACGUUACUUGGAAUGGGCAUUCGAUAAUGAGAAACAUAUACGCAGACAGGAUUCGACUUUUGCUUUCGGUGCUGUCGCACAUGGAGAAAUUGGUUUCCACUUGGCGCGCGAUUACUUAAUUACCAAUAUUGAAUUCUUGCAUGAGUAUUUCGAACCAAACGGCUCUGAGCUUCGCCGCCUGCUCUCACCCAUCGCCAGCCAGAUGAGUAGCCAGCGGGAGUAUGAAAAUAUGCGCACUUUCUGUGAGGAGAACAAAGAACUUUUGCGUAAAGUGGAACAGGGUGUACAACAGGCUCUGGAGACGAUUAAGAUCAAUGCACAAUGGAAGGAGCGGAAUUAUAAUGAAAUCUCGCGUCGUCUGCGCAGUCGUUUAGUUGUAGAUGAAUUUUAAGAUUUUCGUAUACUUUAAAAAUAAUACUAAAUAUUGGUUUUUAAUGGGGUAUCGCCCUCGGGAAGUUUCUAUGGCAUUACUAAUUCAUACAAUACACUGAUAUCAUAAUUUUUAUUUAAGUGUGUCACCAGCCCAUUAUGUUUAAAGCGAACGAAGUAUACAUACAUACAUAUAUACAGAUGUGAAAAUAUUUAAAUAAA